UUUAACGAAAAAUAAAAAGAUAAUAUAAAAUUGGCAUGUCUACAGACCGGUCCCUGUCCAAAAUUAACUUCCGGCAUUCGAAUGUCACCUGUUUCCGCGACAAACAGAAUUUUGUGAUUUUUACGAUUUCUCUCAACUUAUGAGACAAUGAAGUUCACCAUUCAGUGUGUGCGGAGUCAAGGAGCCAGGCUUGGUAGAUUGACGGAGGUUGGUCAGAAUAAAGAUAUUGUGCUUGACACACCCAUGUGCAUGUUGUACACAAGAGGAGGCAGUGCCCCACACUUGUCACUGGAUGUGUUAAAGAAAAUUCAGGAUGUUCCCACAGUUGCUCAUAUGCCCCUUAAUCAGUUUGCACAGUAUCAAGAAACUAUAGAAGGUUAUAAAGAUGGUAUGGCGAAAUUUUCUGCUCUUGGUGAUAAAAUUGUUUACACAUCAAACACUGAUCCAGCAGUUGAGGUUCCUACUGGCUACAAUGAUAAGUCUGGGAUAGGACUGUGGGGAAAAGGAGGAAAGAUAAAGCUUGAUAGGGAUGGAUUUGUCAAGCUUCAGGAGGCUGUGUUACCAGAUUUGUUUCAGUGUAUGUCUGAUGGCGACACUGAUAAAACAUGCACAAGUAAAAGGGCUAGAAAGUCUGUAGAUAGAACACUGAACUUCCUCGAUGAUAUCCUUGAAAAAGUGAAAAAAUCUCAGAGACUUCAGAAGUCAGUCAUGUUUGGAAGUUUAGUCGGUGGGUAUGAUUUGAGAGAGAGGCAGAGAUGUACAAGAGAAACAUUAGCCAGAAAUGUAGAAGGAUUUGCUCUGGAAGGUUUUCAUGCUAUGGGACCAGGUGCGGAGGAUUUUGACUUGGCAGGAGCAGCUGACAUCAUAUCUGCAGUUAUAAAGUUAUUACCAGAGGAGAAGCCCCGAUUGAUGCAGAGUGUAUGGAGACCAGACACUCUUCUUACAGCUAUAGACCUUGGCAUUGAUAUAUUUGAUUCAUCAUAUCCAUAUAUAGUGACAGGAAGAGGGCAUGCUUUGGUUUUCAGCUAUGAAUACAGACACAACCCAGAACAGGACAAGGAGCAGGACUCCCUGAAGUCAGCUGGUUUCACCAUCAAUGUGAUGGAUAAGAUAUAUGCAGAUGACUUCUCUCCCUUGCUGGAUGACUGCAAAUGUUAUGCCUGUCAAAAUUUCACAAAAGCUUACAUCAAUCAUUUAUUAAACACAUCAGAAUUGCUGGCUUCAACAUUAUUAAUGAUACACAAUUUCCAUCACUACUUCCAAUAUUUCAAGACCAUAAGAGAGGCAUUGGCAGAAGACAGAUUCCUGGACUUGAAAACUUUGAUUGUAAAUCAAAAAGAAAUACACACAACUUCUUGAUAGUGAUUCUA